UUUGCUUUGGUUUUUAACCGUUUGAUGUUUUACCUUUGGAAUGAAUAAGUCAAAAAGUCAUAGAGCUCACCGAUGGCCUCAAAUUUUCUGUCGCUGAUGUUCUUGUUUGUAAGAUUUUAAUCAUCCAAUCAUCGGAAAUAACCCUUAAUGAAGAUGGAUUGUGUGGAUAUAAGUUCCUGGUAAUGAAGCUGUAAAUAUAAAAAAGCAGCUCCGGUUUGUAUCGUAAAAAAGCUCAUUCUGAAGUUGAAACAGAGGAGCAAUUUGAAUUUAGCGAUCUGAUCGAUUUUAAUCCAAAUGGCUCACCUCCUUGGAAGUCAAGCUUGUCUGGAAAGCUUGAAGCAGGACAUCACCGAUGUUCAAACAACUGUGUUGGAUUUGUUGUCCAGAGUUGGCCCUGUGCGAAGCCCCUCAUGGAAAUAUCCUGACAAAAUAGCAUGUGAAUUGGACAUUGAAGAACUGCUGGAAAGAUACUCUCAUUCAAAUGACGAAGAUCAUUGUAAGCUAUCACAUAUUAUCCUGUUUGAACUGUUGAUUGACAGGUAACUGGCAUGUCUUGGUUCUUUUGACUAGCUAAUCUGAAGAUACCAGGCCACCUAGUCCUUUAAUAGCCUGCGAAUACAGCCGUCUUUCCUCAAUCCUUGGCACUAGGGAUGUUUUGCAGGAAAGAUGACUGUGUCUCAAUGACUGAAUUCCAUACUGAUGCUGUAAAUCACUGUUUACAUAAUUGAUCUGGUAGUCAUGGGCUUCCAGUUUAAAUUUGCUCGGUCUUAUGUGUCUCUUGGUUGAUUAUGGUAAAGUUUUGUGUCCUUCUGCGAACGAGCUCCGGCAAAACUCAAAUGCUUCUUCUUCUUUUGCACGAACAUUGACUGUUUUGUAGUAGAUUCAUCAUGCUUACAUUUGACUUUUGUGGCCCUUUGUCUUUUGUCUGUGAUAUGUAAACGAUUGACUGCUACAUCAACUAAUUAGAGCUCCUGACCAGAUUUUAGACAGAUUUUAUGUCAUCAGUAUGGAAUUUCUGUCACUGAGGCACAGCAGCUAGGAGCAAGGAGAGAUGGCUGUAUUCACGGAAUAGUCUUUUGACCACCUAUCAAAAAAGGGGAGUCAUUUGCUCCUCAAUUAAACUUAGACUGAUUUCAGUAUAAUUCGUAAACUCAUACAUGGCUCUGAAGCUUAAGGAAUAAAACAGAAAAAAUGUACUAUUCUACCCUGACCUCGAGGUGGUGCCUUUAGUUUUAUUCUCAUUGAAGUCAAGUGUGAAUUUUAAGAUAUCAAAAUUGGUCUGUUACAAAAGAAUCAAUCAUUUUGGUUGUUAAAUCUAACACCAUCUAUUGCUGUGCCAAAUUGGCCACCAAAUAUAUAGCCCUAAGUCUUUCACUGACCUUUAUCUUAUGGUAAGGUGAAGUCUACCUCUCAAAGGUUUGACCUCUUAUUAACAUUAUAGUAAUUUUAAUUAGAGAGUGAAGACUAAAGGGUUUAAGGUAAAAGUUACAAUAGUAGUCUUUUCCAGGGACUAAAUGAUAGACCUGUGAGAUUAUUCAAGAAAUGUGAAGUCAUACUAGGGAAAAUUUGCACGUUUUACCAACAAAACUGUACCAAUACCGUCAACUUUAGGCAGACAUCAUUAUGACUGGCACUGUCUACUCACCUAUUUUGCAGAGAGAUAUCCACAAAAUAGAGAAAAAAAAACCACCUCUUUUUGGAACAUGUCUACUAGGAGAGAAUUCAAGACUUUAACACCAAUAAAUGAAUUAACAUAAAUAGCGUUUGCUUUGUUUAAAUAGUCAAUCAAGGAAAGUUGACAGCAGAAUCUUGUUUUCCUAAAUCAGGCUUGUGCUUCUUCUACAAGGUAUGGCUCACUUUAUUGAACAGCUGCUGACCUCAUGUGAUGGCAGGCCUGCUAGCGGGAAAAUUCUUGGCUCAUCAAUGUCUGUAGGACUGGUUGCAAAGAAGUUCUGGAAUAAACUAGUUCAUGUGCAACAGACAACACAGCAGCUACAGUUUGAGAGCAAAACUAAGAAUAAGACAAUGUCUAAAAUGGAGGAUACUAUCACUGACCUUAGAGAGGAAGUCAAGCUUCUUAAACAGGCUUUGGACAAAAAGUCAGGCAAAUCAUCUGUUGUCAAAGGCAAAAUUCAAAGCCAGAGUUCUAACAGAACUUCUGUCAAGUUUAUCCUCUCUCCAUCUGAGGAGUUAUCACUAGAAAGUUCAUCUCCAACACAGGAUCUUUCACUGGCAGUGGAAGAUGUUGCUUGUGCAAAGACUUGUCAGGAAUCAUCAACACAGACAUAUGAUACUGCAUUUAUACCUUGUGAAGCUUGUGCAAGAACCCAACAGAACUUGAUUGAAGUUGGUAGUAUGGUUAUUAAAGUAUGCGAAUCUCAAGGGCUUCCCUCGUCAUUGGCUAAACAAAAGAAACUCUUGCGACAAUCACUUAUGGCUGCGGCUGAUGUCUCCAGGUGGGCAUCAGAACAAAACCAGGAUUUGAAAAGAAUAAAUGAUCAUUUAGAUAACUUGUAUGCACAAAUUAACCCUUUGGAGGAUAAGCUUAGUAGAUCAAAACAGGCUUGUGUUAAUCUGGAGAAGCAAAUCAAAGAUUUACAGAAUCAGCUUUCAGAGGAGCAGAAUGCAACUCAAAGAAAAGAAGAAAAAUUCCAUCAACAGCUUAAAACAGUUGUUGCUGAAAAAGAUCUUCUUUUGUCAGAUGCUGAGAAACUAAACAAUGAUCUUAUGAAAGGAAAAGAUGCCCUCCAGGAGAUGGUCAUAAAGUUAGAAGAGAAGAGAAAGAAAUAUAAAGAAUCUAUAAAAGACCUUGGUAGGUUGGUUGAUGAUCCUGUCACUGGGAUUCCACCCAAAAUAUGCCUUUAAUCCCAAGUUUGUAGUGUCUUUGAUCACUUUUAAAUAGUAGGAACACUUGGUUGAUUUCCCCUGUCUCCCCCUUCACAAAGUUGAAAAUCACUAACUUUCCCAAAAUGCACUUUUUAACAACACUGCAAGGGGGCAAAGGGACUACACUGUACAUGAACUUAUUUUUGUGGAUCGCUGGAAAAAAUCGCAAAAAUUAGAACCCGCAAAAAUUUCGUGCCACACGGUGGUAGAUAAAAAUGGCCUUCUGACAUACAUGUAGGUCAUUUGUACUGUCAGUCCUUGCACAGAGGCUUUUUGUGCCUUGUCACACCACAUUUUACUGUUGAAGAUAAUUUGGGAUGACUCAACACGUUGAAAUUUGUCUUUCUUUGGUCCAGGGGAAGAAAACUCCAGGCUGUUAACAGAGUUAGACAAAGAAUCAAAAGAAGUUGCAAGGCUGACAAUUGUUGAAUCUGAGGUGCAGACAUUGAAAGUGGAGUUAGAUGAAGUUCAGGCCAAACUGAAGAGUACUGCUAUUGAGCUUGGUAAAACACAGGCCAGGAAUAAAACCAUGGAGAGGCAUGAGCAUGUAAGAAUCAUUUCACAUUGUUUAUUACAGUUUACCCUUUUAAGUCCAAAGAGUGACCAACAUCAAUUUUCUCCUAACAAUGUGUAGUUCCAGAAAAUAUCCAUACUCCCCCCACGGAAGGGAUUGGAAAUUCCUUGGGGGUAGGGGGUUCUCAAAGGCCCAAAAAUUUAAGUAAAUGUUUGAAGCUUGACUGGAAUUUCCAGAGAGGUGGGGGAUCUAAGGAAAAAUCCCUUCUGUGGGGAAGGUACAUGUAUGGAUAAUUUUUGGAACCACACAAUAUCAAUGCAUAAUCAAGAGAAGAGGUUAUGAGAAGUAAUCUAAUGCACACCAAUGGGAAAAUGUUCUGAUAUUUUACCAAAAUUCUCUCAACUAAUUUUGCAAGGAAAUGUGUAAAUGGAAAUGAGUCUGGAGAAUUUUUAUGUGGGUAUUGGAGCUUAAAGGGGUAACUCAUUUGCCCCUGAAUUACUUAUGUGGAUCCAAGUCCCUUCUACAGCUUGUGAUGUCAUCAGUUUAACAGUUUCCCCUGUACUUGUACAGGGAAAAGAGAUCAAUUCCUGAUCUUUGAAAGCUGAUAUUUUACACCUGGAAUAGAAGGCUGCAAAGUGCUUGACUUAUAAACAACGCUUUGGGUAGUUUUAGCUCUUUAAAGCCAGACAGUGACCAGUAAACAGCUCGACUAGCUUCAAAAGUGGAUUUUUGGCAAAAUCGUCAGGAGCAAAUGGUUGUAAGCUGAUACACCUUUGAGGUUGUUGGGACCUGGUAGUUAAAAACAUAGCAUUUUUUUUUUUCAAAUUUGCCAAGUCUCAACCUCAGCAAUCAUUGAUUUACAGUAGCAACAUGUUAGUCAUAAUUGCCAAACCAGCAGGGGUGAUAAUGGUGUUUUGAUGGACCAGUUCCCUUUUUUUAAUGGUGGAUAACACUUAGCCUAUUCAGUGUAAAAAUCACUAUCUAGUGUAUACCGCAACAGGUUUUCCUUCUAACACUUUAAUAUCCACUGGAUAGUGAUUUAUCUGGAUGAUAGCGCUAUCCAUCAUUUGAACAACUAGGCUCAGACUGAUUACUUUGCUUUCCCAAUGUUCUGUUGUAGGCAUUGCAAAGCAAACAUGAUGCACUUCUCAAAAGAGUUGAUGAGCUUGACACUGAAUGUGAGCAGUUAAGAGAAAGGGUGAUGGACGCUGAAGGCGAGAAGGAUGAGCUACAGGGAGUGGUGGAAGAUCUGCAGACAGAGAAGGAGAAGCUUGCCGAAGAACUUGACUCCAAACAGGUGUGCUACCGUUUCUUUAUAGUUUGAUCAUGACUGUAAACUACAAAAACCUUUUAAAAAAGUAUCAUUUGUUGUCAUUUCUACGCGGUUAUUUCAGCUACACAAAGGUCAGCCCGUUUGUAGAUCAUUGUAUGGCAAACAAGGUACUACCCUCUUCCCAUUUGUUUAAAGACCUUGAGUUCUGUUUUGGUUAGAAACCGCGACCUCCCGCCCUGCAGACAAGCGCUCUACCAACUGAACUUAGUUAACACUGUUGCGGUUGAGGAGACAGGGAGUUUACGAGUUUGUGUUCUGCUAACCUGCCUGUCAGAGUGGAGUGGAGAAUAGCCCCUCUCUCCAACCCCCUCCCCCCCCCCCCAAAAAAAAAAAAAAAAAAAACAACAAAAAACCCCUCUUUUUUUUCAUUUAAUUUUUUUUUUUUUAUGAAAAAAGAAAACAAACAUAUGAAAAAAAAAAAAAAUUAAAAAAAAAAAAAAUAGAAAUCUAGAUACGCGCCCCCCCCCCCGUCACGAGCCCGACAUACGAACUGCUGUUUGUUAUCGGGGGGGGGGGGGAGUGGAGGGGGGUGUUUUGUUUUUUGGUGUCGUUCCGCCGCGCCGGGGGGGUGGGAGGAAAAACCCCCCCCCCCCCCCCCCCCCCCCCCCCCCCAAAAAAAAAAAAAAAAAAACCUGCCCAGAGCUGGUCAUUUUACAGCGAUAGUUUUUUUUUAAUCGGCGAGGCAAUAGCCGAUCUUUGUAAUAAUAUCACCAUUCCAAUUAAUUAAUCUUUUUGCCUAAUAUUAGCAAGUUCGUUUUCACCAGCAGAUAAGAAGCUCUUCUUUUUUGACAGAGUCUUCUGGAAGAGUUAAAAAACGAGAAGGAAAAGCUAUUGCAGGAAGUUGAAGAAUUUGAAGUAAAGACAAGCGAACUUGAGCACCAGCUGAAGGAAAGCGAAGAAAAACUACAGCUGGUGGUUGAGUUUCCCUCCAUUGACGCCAAACAAUCGGCCCAAUCUCAGUCCGAUAAAGGAGUUAUGUUCAAUGGUGAAGGCCCUUCUGAGGCGGAAGUAGCGCAAGAUAUGGAACGGCAGGUUAUGGCGAACAACAUCAGAAUUAUGACUCUGGAGGAGCAAAAUGAAAAGUUGAGAAAGUCCAUCGCUUUCCUGAUGAAUGCCCGAGAAAAUAUAUCCAAGAAAAAGGUGGGUGCAUAUUGGGGUAUAACCGGUCAAGUCGCCCGAAACCAGAAUCAUGUCGCCCGAAAUGGACCUGAGAGCUCGGGGAUGAGGGGUUGUGCGAUUAUUUUAUGUCCGUAGGUUUGCUGUGUUUAACAGUAACGAUUUGAUAAACAUUAUCUUCACUGAAAAUAUCGUCACCAAAGUCAUCGCCGUCGUUAUCAUCAUCAUUAUUAACAUCAUCGUUGUCGUCAUCCACGUCAUCAUCGUCAUUAGGGAGCUUUAGCAACGACGCCAGUGACUGCAACGAGAACGUCACAAAAGCAAUAGGUUUCAUUGGGAAAAAAAAAUUUGCACGUGCAUCAUGCUUUAUGGUACAUUUCUUUGCCGUCACUGCCCGACUACGACGUGCAAAUGCCUAUUUUCACGUUUUACUGGAGGACGUAAACAAGCGACCACAAAUUUUACUUUCUCUUUCUAAGCUCGAGUACGGUCCCCAAGAAAGCAACUCGGGGACAUUCGCCUACAUUUGACAUUUUGAGCAAUUUGGAAAAAUGAAAAAAACGCGAAUUCAUUUCAGUAGUGAUGUUUUCGCUGCCGUCGCCGUCGGUGAUGCUAACACUCCCUAUUAUCAUCAUCAGAUCGUCAUUAUCGUUAUCAUCAUUGUCAUUAUUAUCUGUAUUAUCAUCGUUAUUGUCAUCCACGUCAUCACUGUCGUAACAAUAGUUAUUAAAGAUUUCAUUCAUCGGGAAGCCGUAAAGGAUUACCACAGUGCAGUUGGUUAGUGCGCGGCCAUCUGUGCGAUAGGUCUCCAUUUCUAUCUCCGGGGGUUACCUCGAAUCCUUGUAUUGACUUCUCUCCUUUCCAUGUAGCUUGAAGUAGCUUAAAAUACCCGUAAAACGGACUACUGAUGGACAGAGAGAGAGAGCGGGGGAAGAGGCUCUCUCCUCCGCAGAGGCUUCUCCCUACGAUACAAAGAGGCCUCUGCGGAGGAGAGAGGGGAAGGGGCGAAAUCAGCGCAUGGUCGACCUCAGGUUAAUGAAUAUUUUGAGUUACCGACGUUAAAAAAAAGAAUUCGAGUGGGAGGUUCAGAACUCUCAGUCCCAGAAAGUCUCUCAGAGUCUCAGAAGUUUCAUUCUUUCCUGUAGUAGUUCUGGUGGCUUAUAAGCCAUCAGAAUGGCCUGACAAGUGCUUAUUCAGGGCGCACACUUGAAAAUUCCGGGUAUAAGAUUCUGGGAAACUUCUCCCCUACUCAUCCCUUAAUUAGCCCUAAGUGAGAAAUUAGUGUUAAUGUUGGGUUAGGGGAGGGGUUAGUGCGUGGUUUUCCAGACCUGAUACUGAUCCGCUGACUCCGUGGAGAAGAAAAGUUUUAUUUUAAAGUUGACGCUUUUGUACAAAGAUCUUAGAAGCUUAAGUGGAUUAAUGUUUUCAAUUUCUUAGGUACAAGACCCUGUUCCCUUAUGGAGGUCCACACACGGUGAAGACGAUCUAAUUGCUGGACAACACGACUCAAUACAAAGGUUGAGUACUUUGAAAUCUUCUUUUGUAAUUGAUCCUAAUAUGUAAUCAUCGCAAUAUUUCCAUUGCCUCCGUUGCUGUUCGAGGACGUCUGUGCUUGGCUCAUCCUUUGAUGGUUUUCACAAUUUCUUUGCUCUUCUAUGUCUUUCAUGAAAGAGAUACCUUCACAUGAAGGCUAGCGUGGUUUCUUUGAUUUUAGUAUGCCACAAUCGUCAACGGCCCCUAAGUACAUAUGUACAGUCGUGUAACAAUAACAUUUCAGUCGAAAAUAUAUCUUUUCUCAGAACGUUCUACGACGAUGACUCAUACAUGCAACAGAAACGCCCCUCAUCUGCGGUAAGAGAAGGACAGAGCACGUACCCAGACUAUCACUCGUCAAGCCGGCUACAACCACGCCCACCUGAAAAACCUAGAGCCCAGUCCGCAAAGACACGAGUGAAAAGCUCGACCUCUAAACUCGCAGAUAAACGACAGAGUGCUACACUGAGCGCAAAACUUGCGGCCAGCGGUAAACACGUGGUAAACAUCAUGGGAAGUCUUGCUGAAGGAGGCCUCCAGAAACACGAAUGGCAACAUUCACCCGUCCCUACCUGGGACGUUGCAGCGAAAGAGGGGAGGGGUGGGCGAGUGAGCCCUGCGUCGACGCGUUACACCCCAGUGAACGUUUUUGUUUGUUCAAGUUGCGAUAAGAUGUACAACACACAGAAAGAUCUGGACAUCCAUAAAUCGUUCUGUUACGGCAGAGUCAAUGAAAAUUACACGUAAUCAGAAAACGGAGCACUGCAAU